CUACCUACGCCCCCCCUCCCCGGAGGUCCUCUUCCGGAGGUCCUAAAAUCCUCGUCCAGUCCGCCCUUAGUCGCUCACUGGCCCUAAACCCAGACCCCGUCCCAGUCCGCACCCCCGUCCACAUCCCUCCUCGCCCUGUAGAGCCCUACCAGCCUCCAGAGCUGUCGCCGACCCCCAGCGAGAAGGACCAGUUCAGUUACUUCUCUAAGUACUCCGAGGCGGCCGAGCUCCGCAGCACCGCAGAAGCCACCAGAACCCAGGAGACGGAGCAGAGCACUGGGCCGUUCAAGCUGCGCUCCCGGAAGCAGAGGACCCUGUCCAUGAUUGAGGAGGAGAUCCGCGCGGCGCAGGAGAGAGAAGAAGAUCUGAAGAAGCAGCGGCAGAGCCUGGGAGCGGUUCGAUCCGGACCGGGCCCCAGAACAAACCAGACAGGGAGGCCCAAAACAAUGCCUAUCAACUCCGCGGACAAGCAGAAGACCAACAGCCUACCCGCCAAACUAAGCCUCUCAGGCAGCCUGCCGCCAACAAAACUCACCAGCAAGACGGCACCAGGUAAGAUAGAGAAGAUUCGUCCUGUGCCUCCUGCUUCCCCAUCCUCGUUUGAGGGUCCUCUGCCCUCGCCCCUCUCGGACCUGGGCAGUGAUGACUCCGGGGGCAGCGGUCGCCCCAAAAACUUCAUGCAGACCCUGAUGGAGGACUAUGAGACUCACAAAGUGAAGCGCCGGGAGAAAGUAGAGGACAACAGCUACCCCUGUUUGAUGCGCUCUAGGAAGGAUACUACAGAGGUGCUGGAGGCUACCCGCGUCACACGCAGGAAAAGCAACAUGGCGCUGAGGUGGGAGGCGGGGCUUUACGCUAAUGAGGAUGGAGAGGAGGAAGAAGAGGAGGAAGAAGAAGAGGAAGAAGAGGAGGAGGAAGAGGAGUAGACAGUCUUCCCUUGUGUUCUGUGACUAUCAGGAAUGUAGGGAUAGAGGGAUAGAGAGAUGAAGGGAUGGAGAGAGGAGGAGACAGCAAGACAACCACCAAGUAUUUAUUUUACUAAGUAUUUUGAUCACAUGACCUGUCACGUGACCUACUGGAUGGACCAACCAGGAAGUAACAUCCAUCCCCACACUGGAAUACAGAGAGACUCAUGGGAUACGGCUGGUUGAGUAUUGGUUCAACACAGAGACAUACACUCUCAGAAGAAAAAAUAUGCUAUGUAGAACCAAAAAUGGUUCUUCAGCUGUCCCUGUGGGAGAAACCUUUGAAGAACCCUUUUGGUUUCAGGUAGAACAUUUUCAGUUCCAUGUAGAACCAUUUUCAGUUCCAUGUAGAACCAUUUUCAGUUCCAUGUAGAACCUUUUUCAGUUCCAUGUAGAACCAUUUUCAGUUCCAUGUAGAACCUUUUUCAGUUCCAUGUAGAACCCUUUUCACAGAGGGCUCUACAUGGAACCCAAAAGGGUUCUACAUGGAACUGAAAAAGGUUCAACAUGGAACUGAAAAAGAGUUCUUCCAAGGGUUCUUCCACAGGGACGGCCAAUGAACCUUUUUUGAACCCUUGCCCCCCCGCCCCCAGAGUGUGUACGCUUGUCAAGUGAUCCUAUUCUAUUAUCUCAGUGGUGUGAGGAAGGAUGUCAGACUCUGUGGAAUCACUGGAAUCCAGACUUCGUCCCAAAUGGCACCUUUUUCCUAUCGUGCAAUAUGGGCCCUGUUCAAAGUCGUGCACUACAUAGGGACUAGUGGUCAUUGUCACCCUCGUGACUAUAUGUAACCUUCUAUAUUACCAGUAUUCCUCAGUAAGACAAGUGUUUAAAUAUAUAUUAUCACUCUAGAUCUGCUUUAAAUGAGUUCCGUAUUUAUAAAGUAAUGAAAUAAGU